AUGACUGAACUCAAGGCCGAGCCGGGUGCGACCGAUGAUUCGAAUGAUAUCACCAGACCAACUGAAAAGUUCUCGAAGGAGAGUACCACCGAAUUUACUGUAGAUUCACAGCUCCUAGAUGCGCUGGAAAAACCACAGAAGAUACAGCUUGUUGUCCAGGAAGCAAUACUGCUAGCCGGAGGUGCAGCCGCCAUCUUGCUACAAGUCGCCGAGCCCGGUGUGGCCAAAGGUGUGGACAAGCAUAGCAAUUUUGCCUAUCGCCCUCUUGAUCGACUACGAACGACCAUGACUUACAUCUACUGCAUGGCCUUCGGUACUCGAGAAGAAAAGAAAGUUGUGAUUGACAUGGUACAUCGCGCCCAUGCUCCAGUGAAAGGACCGGGCUACAACGCCAACGAUCCCGCACUUCAACUCUGGGUGGCUGCCACGCUCUAUGCCGUCGGUACCGAUCUAUACCAACAGGCAUUUGGCAAAAUCGACGAGGAAACCGCGGAGUCACUUUACCGAGAGUAUGCUAUACUAGCCGUCUCCCUGCGAGUCCUGCCUGGGAUGUGGCCUCCUAGCCGAAAGGCAUUUUGGGCAUACUGGGACUAUCAAGUCGCCAACUUGGAAAUUUCUCAACAUGCGAAGAAUGUUGCCAAGGAUUUGCUUUAUAGCGAACAUGCUCCACUGUGGAUCCGGGCUGUUCUUCCCCUUGUCCGUCUGACUACCACGGAGAUGCUACCCCUACGUAUGCGGGAGGCCUAUGGACUUCAAUCUACAGCCAUUUGCCGCGGGGUGAACCGCAUCACGGUGGGGGUUACGAAGGCCACAUACGCUUUUCUUCCCAAGUUCAUUCGGACCUACCCUAUGCACUACUACUUGAGAGAUAUGCGGCGGCGAGUAAAGAAGCUGGAGGAAGCGAAGAAAAAGCAUAGUUAG